UGGUGUCAGACGUCAGUCCGAGAUGUCUAGUUUGUGUUGUAAAAAAUAAUUAAUUUGUCGACGUUUUUGUGUAACAAUUAUGUGAAUAAUGAGAUGAAAGUGUAAAUAAAUGUUAGAUUAGUGCACGCUAAUGAUUAUGGCGCAUAGUGGUGGUGUUUUAAGUUCGGAUAUAUCGCGUAGGAAUCCUCAAGAUGAAUACGAGCUCAUUCAGAGGAUUGGUUCGGGCACUUACGGAGAUGUGUAUAAGGCGAAACGUCUCAACGGAAACGGUGAACUUGCCGCCAUCAAGGUGAUCAAGUUAGAACCGGGUGAUGACUUCGCGAUCAUCCAGCAGGAGAUCCUGAUGAUGAAGGAUUGUCGUCACCCGAACAUCGUCGCGUACUACGGCUCGUACCUUAGAAGGGAUAAGUUAUGGAUAUCAAUGGAGUAUUGUGGGGGUGGAAGUUUGCAGGACAUCUACCACGUAACGGGUCCCCUAACAGAAUUACAAAUAGCGUAUAUGUGCAAGGAGACCCUUAUGGGACUGUCAUAUCUACACAGUAUGGGAAAAAUGCAUAGGGAUAUAAAAGGCGCAAACAUUUUACUGACAGAAUGCGGCGAUGUGAAAUUAGCAGAUUUUGGAGUGUCAGCACAGAUUACGGCCACCAUCAAUAAGAGAAAGAGCUUUAUUGGUACACCGUACUGGAUGGCGCCUGAGGUAGCAGCUGUAGAAAGGAAGGGUGGUUACAAUCAACUCUGUGAUAUUUGGGCGUGUGGUAUUACAGCCAUAGAGUUAGCCGAACUCCAGCCACCGAUGUUCGAGCUACAUCCGAUGCGUGUGUUGUUUUUAAUGUCUAAAUCGGGAUUCAAACCGCCUCAACUCAAAGAAAGGGAACGUUGGUCUCAACUAUUUCACGGAUUUCUGAAACUAGCAUUAACUAAGAACCCUAAGAAACGACCCACCGCUGAAAAACUGUUGCAGCACGCAUUUUUUCAACAAGACAUGAGCAAACGUUUAGCGAUAGAACUCCUACAAAAGUAUUCGAACCCGCCCAACCACUGUAACAGUCAAGAGUUAGACGAUGAUGGAGCAUUAUCAAACGUACCUCAACGUAUCGCGUCGCGUCAAACACGCGGUCGUCCACGAUCUUUGUUAGAGCAACGCCCACCGCCUCUCGAACAUUCGCUUAGAUUGUCAUCUGAAGAGGAGAGGGAAGCGAACCGACGCUCCGGUGUCUACGAUGACUCUCCGAUCAUAGAUCUGGACGCGGACGACGACCUCAACUUGUCUAUGCCGAAAGUGAUCAACUUCAGCGCGGAAGUCAAUCGGUGUGAUGGAGAUACAGUCAAGCGGAAUGUAUAUCACAGACAAACCAGCGAAGAUUGGAGCGUUGCGUCUCUCAUGAGUUGUCCAAAACACAAUCCACUGACUCAAGAUUUGUCAACCGACAGUAUGCCUUCCAGCGAAAAGGCGACACUACCACUAACAGCGGAUACGGCGGCCAUGUCACAGGCGACAAAUUCCGGUCUAUCGAUACACGAUCAACAUUUAUCACAAUGUAUACAAUUGAAGCAGAACUUUUUAAAUAAUUCCACCACCAAUGUGUACCAGAGCAUCGCGUCUAAUUACCAAUCACCGAUAGGAGCUUCGUCCAUUUCGAUAGACGAUCCCUUGUCCAGAAAAGCUGAAACAGAUAUACUGUAUGUAGACCAACAAGAAACGGAGGCAGAUUCUUCUCAAAUGAGAAAUACUAAUUGCGAAUGCGGCUUAUGUCCGAAACCGGAAGUGAAAGAAAAUAGCACGCUAAGCGAUCUACAAAGAUCGGUAGCGAAUAAGUGUCCAUGUGACGCUUGCAACUCAAACGGCGAUAUGAUGAGCUAUUACCGACACUGUUCGAAUAGGAAUCCCGAUUCGGGUAUAGUUUACUGUGAUACGUGUAAAAAACAGAAGAUUUCCUUGUCGAAUUUCCGAGCUCUACAAAUAGCUAAUCGUCUUCGAAUAGCCGAUGCGGACAGAGUUGAGAACGGCGGUACGUCUGACGAUGACCUCUGUAGGAAGAUAGAUAUGAGUAUGAAUAUGGAGGAGAAAAGUUACGAACAUAGAAAAAGACACAACAGACAUAAUUCCGACUCCGUUACCGCUGGGAUAGAUUUGAGUCAGUUUUGCCAGUGCGAGGUCGAAAGCACUAGUAAGAGAAAGACGUCGUCGGUCGAUGAAAUAUUCAAAAUGGUCGAUGAGAACGGUCGGGACAGUCAAAAGGAAUUGGUUGAUGAGGAGCUGAAGACGAACCAGAGACAACGGAGUUUAUCUGAUAGUCAAAGAGAUAAGGCGAAGGUUGAUGGUGAUGCUACAAGUACCCCCCCAGUCCCACCGCGACGCGCCCGAGCUAGACGAACUAGAACACCAACAAGACCCGCCCCUAACGGACUACCCCCCACCCCCAAGGUGCAUAUGGGAGCCUGUUUCUCGAAGGUAUUCAACGGUUGUCCCUUAAGGAUAAACUGUACAGCAUCGUGGAUACAUCCAGACACCAGAGAUCAGCACAUUCUCAUAGGCGCAGAAGAGGGUAUCUACACAUUAAACUUGAACGAACUACACGAAACAGCGAUGGACCAACUUUGUCCCAGACGAACAAUAUGGAUGCACGUCAUAAAAGAUGUGCUUAUGUCGCUUUCGGGUAAAACUCCAUCCCUCUAUCGCCACGAGCUUCUAGCUCUGUCGGGUAGUGGGAGGGGAGGUAGGGGAGGGGGAGCGAGGUCGUUGAGAGUACUUCCGCCGAGGUUACUACCGCGACGGUUCGCGCCCACUACCCGUGUACCUGAUACCAGAGGUUGUAUGCGAUGCGCCGUGGUUCGGAACCCGUACAACGGCUACAAGUACCUGUGUGGAGCGACGCCCGCCGGUCUGUUCCUCAUGCAGUGGUAUGAUCCACUUCGGAAAUUUAUGUUGCUCAAGAACAUCGAAUGUGUGGUGCCGUCACCGCUUCUGGCCUUCGAGUUAAUCAUAACCCCCGAACUCGAAUACCCGUUACUGUGUGUAGGGGUUACGCGGAAACCUCUGCGCUUGAACUUGAUCAAUAUUAACUCUGGGGCGACCUGGUUUCACUCGGAUGAAUUGGAAUUGUGUCCGGGCGGCUCAAACACUGUGAUACCGAGACCUGAAAGACUUCAUACGUUGAGAGCGGUCCAUCAGUUGAAUAAAGAUGCUGUAUUGGUGUGUCAUGAGAACGUAGUAGAUAUAAUCCCGGUUCUUCCAACGUUCGAGAGGCGACACGACGAGCGACGUCGUAACAAGCUACUGUCGAGGAUACAGUUCGACUUUCAUAUUGAUAGCAUUUUAUGUUUAGCCGAUUCAGUAUUAGCGUUUCAUCGUCAUGGAGUUCAGGGUCGUUCGUUGCGAAACUCCGAUAUAACGCAGGAAAUCACCGACCAUUCGCGAGCUUACCGACUGCUAGGACACGAUAAAGUGGUGGUGUUAGAAUCGCAUUUGCUUCAAAAUAACACGCUAUCGGGCGAAGAUGGCAACGAUCUAUACAUACUAGCGGGUCACGAGGCAUCGUACUAACGCGUUUACUAUACAAAACUAACGAGAAAUAAAAAAUAUAUUAACGUUUAA